AUGCUCAACAGAACUCAGAUGAAUUCUAGCCAGGGACAUGAUAUAUUCCUUUCAACCGAGGUGUCCCAGUUCCAGGAGGCCACUGGCAUUUUCUUCAUGGUCAUGCUAAGUGUCAUUGCCUUGGUUGCCAACACAGCAGUCAUGGUUGUCAUCCUCAAGACACCUCUUUUGAGGAAGUUCAUCUUUGUCUGCCAUCUCUGCCUAGUAGAUCUAUUGUCAGCCAUUUUUGUAAUGCCACUGGGGAUCAUCUCUAGCUCCACCUGCUUCAAUAGAGUAUUAUAUAGCAUUGCUGAAUGCCAGACGUUAAUCUUCCUGAAUGUCUGUUUCAUCAGUGCCUCCAUCCUCACUGUCUCUGUCAUCAGUGUGGAACGGUAUUACUACAUUGUUCAUCCUAUGAGGUAUGAAGUCAAGAUGACAACUGGACUAGGGGUCACAGUGGUGGUGUUCAUUUGGAUUAAGUCCAUCCUGGUUGCUGCUUUGGCACUGGUGGGCUGGCCACAAGACAAUGGUGCCAGCAGUGCCAGCAAAUGUACUGUCUACUGGAGCCCUGGAGCACACAAGAAGAUAUUUGUGAUUAUCUUCAGCACUCUGUGCUUCAUAUUGCCCACCUUAAUAAUCUUUGCAGUCUAUGGCAGCAUCUAUAAAGUGGCCCGGAUUGCUUCCCUGCAGCAUGUCCCUGCCCCAUCCUGGACUGCCACACCCAGACAAAGAUCGGACUCCAUUCACAGCCAAGUAACUAUUAUCACAACCAGGAAUGUGCCUCCCAGACUGUCACCUGAACGUUUGUUUGGUGGGAAUAAAGCUGCCCUGACAUUGGUCUUGAUUGUAGGCCAAUUCCUCUGUUGCUGGCUGCCAUUCUUCUCCUUCCACCUACAUUUCUCCAUCAACUCCUCCUCUGUGACCCCUGGCUAUGGUGAGAUUGUUGUGACCUGGCUUGCCUAUUCUUCUUUUGCUAUCAACCCAUUCUUCUACGGGCUACUGAACCGUCAAAUCAGGGAAGAGUUAGCUAAGCUGGGGCGACACUGCCUCAAUAAGCCUCUGAGUCAAGAGCUGUGUGUCUCUAGCCCAGAGGGAUCCAUACAGGAGAACUUCCUACAGUUCCUGCAGAGGACCAGUUGCACAAUGGAGACCCGUUCCAGUUUCAUUAAUUCCAGCCCCAGGAACACUUUGGACCAGACUGCAAUGGGGUUCAGAAUUCCAGGCCAAAUCCCAGAAGAAACUAACUGA